UUUGGGUGCUGCGGUUCCGAUUUAAUUUAAUUUAUUGAGUUGGUUGGCAUCGGACGUUGUUUAAAAUUUUUUAGGACUAUAAAUAAUCUCGCCCUCUAGAAAUAGUUGGUUGUAGGUUGUUUAAAUAUUUAAUAAAAAAUCCUUUCCGAAAAUGUCUAAGCUCGGUAAAAUCAUACCCAGUGUUUCUAGUCGUCAUUUCGGUUUAAUAAGUGCCGCUGUAAGUAGUGCAAAGAAUAGCAGAAGUUAUUUUACGUAUACGCAAGAGUUAUCACAGCCACUAGACAGGCAUCCCGAAUGUUUAUCAGCAAAAGAGGCGUUUCAAAUAUGCUUGAAAUCCGGGCAGACUGUGUACGCUCAGGGCGCCGCUGCUACUCCGGUGCCGUUACUGAACGCCAUGACAGAAGUAGGUUUGGAAUGUAGCCUGAAGGAUAUCAAGGUGGUCCACAUGCACACUGAGGGAGAGGCGCGCUACACCACUCCCGAAUGCAAGGAUAUCUUCAGAUCUACGUCUUUGUUCAUGGGCGGCAAUGUCCGCAAAGCCGUCGCCGAUGGUCGUGGCGAUACUAUCCCCAUUUUCCUGCAAGAUAUCCCCAAGCUGUUCCACAGGAAGAUUAUCCAGCCCGACAUUGCUCUCAUUCAGGUAUCUCCUCCUGACAGUCACGGGUACUGCAGCUUAGGGACAUCCGUUGACUGCGUCAGGGCUGCCCUGGUUAACUCCAAGGUCAUCAUUGCCCAAGUAAACGUGAACAUGCCCCGUACGUUCGGUGACGCGAUCAUCCACAUGUCGCACAUCGACUUCGCGGUGGAGGACAACACGCCUCUGCCGGAGCACCCCGCCAAGCCCUCCAGCCCCGAGGAGGCCAAGAUAGGCAAGCUCAUCGGGGAGAACCUGGUCGAAGAUGGUGCUACGUUGCAGAUGGGUAUCGGCACCAUCCCCGACGCGGUGCUGUCGGCGCUGAAGAACCACAAGGACCUCGGCAUCCACUCCGAGAUGUUCAGCAUCGGAGUCAUCGACCUCAUCAAACGUGGAUGUGUUACUAACAACAAGAAGAAGACCCACAAAGGUCGCAUCGUGGGUAGUUUCAUCGUCGGCAACAAAGAGCUGUAUGACUUCGCCGAUAACAACCCGUUCGUUGAAAUGUUGGAGAUCGACUACGUGAACAACACUCACAUCAUUUCGCUCCAGCCCACGAUGACUGCCAUCAACUCAUGCAUCGAAGUCGACCUCACUGGACAAGUGUGCGCUGACUCUAUUGGAACGCGCAUGUUCUCCGGUUUCGGCGGGCAGGUGGACUUCAUCCGCGGCGCUGCGGAGUCCGUGGACGGGCGCGGCAAGCCCAUCGUCGCCUUCGUGUCCAACACCAAACGCGGCGAGUCUAAGAUCGUGCCCACGCUUAAAGUUGGCGCGGGCGUGGUGACGAGCCGCGCGCACGUGCAGUACGUGGUGACGGAGCAGGGCAUCGCCAACCUGUUCGGCAAGACGCUGCGCCAGCGCGCCUACGAGCUCAUCAAGAUCGCGCACCCCGACCACCGCCAGGCGCUCGAGAAGGCCGCCUUCGAGAGGCUCAAGUGCAUGCCGGCGCCCUAAGGAAACACACCACAAGCUGCUAAACCACACUUUUUACGAACUUCCAUUUUAGAUAUUGCUAGAAAUGGAAUAGCACUACUCUACAGUAGUUUCCGCCAAUAUUAAAGUAGAUUACAUUUACUAGGUGUAAUUUUAAAAUGUCAGUAAUAUUAGGUAUCGAAAACAAUGGAAAGUAUUAGAUGAAUCUUAAAUCAAUGCAUUUGGUUAUAUAGGUAUUCCAUUCGCAUAUUAGAUUGCUAGCUGUACACGUUAUGCCAUCCUAGUUGUAGAGUGAAACAAUAUGCCUUAACUGUGUUAAUGAACGAUACAAGAACGUCAGAUAAAGUAAACUUGCGCAACAUUUACAUCGUUUUAUGAAUAUUAUGCAUUUUAUAGGACUUUUUUUUUAUUCUAAAGCAGUUUAUUUGUAUGUUGUUUUUUUUUUCGAAUUUACUAUAUAUUUACUGUGUAAAGUGUACACUUUUGUGUUAUGUAAUAAAAAUCAUGUACCAUAUAGUAAAAA